AUUGAAAAGUGAUGUCUCUUAGAAAAACAACAUUUUCUUAAUACUCUAAUAAUGUCUUGAAACUAGACAUGGACCCAAAUAAUUAAUCUGCAAAGACUCUUAAGAAAUCCAAUUAUACUAUUACUACAGACUUUAAUUCCCCUUAGGGUAAUUUAGAUAGUCUUGACAAUCUGUUAGAUUAAUAAUCUUCUAAAAAAUCACGCUUCUUUUUUAGUCAAAAAAUAAAUAGUGAUGAGAACACUCGGCUUUUAAAGACUGAAAGUGAUGAAUAAUAGAAGGAAGUAAAAGAAGUUCGUCCUUUUCGUUUUCGAAAAAGGGAAAUACAACCAAAAAUAGAAUUAAAUGAUAAGAAUGAUGUUGAUGAAUUUUUUACAGGAGUAGAAAUACAAAGAAUAAGCUAAUCAGCUUAAAAAUAAAAUGCAUAUCAAUUAGUGACUUUCACUGAUUAUGUUGAAAAUAUAUAUGGAAAAGAUUGGUUUCAAUAGAGAGAGAGGAAAUUUAGGAGAUAAAUUACAGUUUAAGACUUCUUUGAUGGCCCAUGUUGA